GUGACUAUGUGAAGGUCGGAUAGACAAAUAUUUGAAAAUGCGGUUAGAAUGCCGAUUGAAUGAAAAGCUGUAUAAAAGCUAGAUCAAACAUUGAUAUUCUUCGUGUUAUAUUAUAAGUUAUGUUUUAAAAUUUAAAUAAGGGAAAAAAUAAAGGACUAAAAACAGGCAAGAAGAAAUCAUCUGAAUGGCGUCAAACGAUGUUCUAGGAAACACCUCCGAAGAAACGUAUGACGUAUUAUGUUCAGCGUGUAAAGAACAAGAUAAAAACAAGGAAGCUGAGAAAUAUUGCGUAGAUUGUCAGGAGUACUACUGCUCAGAGUGUUUGAAAUUGCACUCAACACUUCCGGCUUUGAAGAGGCAUAAAUUCCUGGAUAAGGAAUGUGGUCAGAGUGCACAAUUACUCAUGGUGCCGACAGAACGAUGUGAGAGACACAACUUUAAAACAACGGAUAUGUUCUGUCAGAAUCAUGACGUGAUUUGGUGUGGAACAUGCAUUGCGGUUGACCACAGAACAUGUCAAGAUGUGUUCUACAUACCUGAAUUUGUGAAGUCGAAGGCAAACGUUAUACCAGAAUUUCUACAGCGCAUGAAAAAUAUCGAAAGCAAAUUUAAAGAGUUUCUUAAAACAUUUAGCGACGAAGUUGAUGCUCUAAAAGCAAAUAAACAAAGGGAAAUAGAAACCAUCAAAACGUUUGCGAAGAAGCUUGAAGAAAAGAUUAAAGAGGCAGAGCGAGAUGCUAUCUCUAAAGUUGAAGAACGAUACAGUAAACUUAUGGUGAAAAUAAACGGAGACAUUGACAACAUAAAAAGAGAACUUGAGACUUUCGAAACAACAAAAGGCUUCAUUGAGUCUACAGUCAAGAAUAACUCUCAAGCUUUUGUUGCUAUGAAAUUAAAUGGAAACAAAAUUGCAACAACUGAAGCAGCAAGCGAUGACAUUGGUCAGAUCGAACUUGGUUGGAGAGUUCAUUUCACGUUAGAUCCCGAGUUUGAGGAGCUCAGUAAGGAAAGAAUGUGUCUCGGGUAUGUCAACAUAAUGCCCUAUAGCUUUGAAUAUAAAGGUGCAGUUGACAUAAAAUUAGAUUCAGAUGCAAUGCCGUGUGAUGUAUACGGUUCAUGUGUCCUUUCAGACGGGUCCAUAGUUUUCGCUGAUAGAGACAAUAAAAAUCUUAAACUGGUGGAUGGUAUUUCUCUAACCGUUAUAGAUCAUUACGAUCUUAAGACUGAGCCACGGGAUAUAUGUUGCCUUGAUGGUAAGGAAGUAGGAGUUUGUCUCGACAAUGAGAAAAAGGUUAAAAUCUUUAAAGUAGAUCGUAAACUGUUCUACAAAUAUGAACUUACUUUCAGCUUUGGUUGUAAGGGAAUAUCAUAUUUUGAAAACGCAUUCUAUAUCUCUGAUAAAACAUGUUUUUACAUGUGCAACCUGGACGGAAACAUAUUGAAAACGAUAACCAUUGAUUCAGUACUAAACGAUAUUUAUAACAUAUGUGUCAAUAAACAUAGCAAAACUAUAUUUGUCACUGACUAUAGUAAAGGUGUUAUUUGUCUUGAUAGUAGUGGCCAUGUUCUUAAUACUGUUACAGACGAAAUAAGUUUUGCUCAUGGUUUAACCGCUGCAUACAAUGGCAAAGUUUUUGCAUGUCGAUUUUCGUCAGAAAACGUUAUUCUUCUGAAUGAAAAAGGUUAGUUUGAAAAAGCUGUUAUCGGAAUAGGACUAACAGGUCUACCACAGGCUUUGUGCUUCAACUGCUACAACGGCCGUUUGUAUGUUCCAAAUUACCAUAAAGAUAGCGUGAAAAUCUUUGAGUUGGAAUGAAUUGACUUCCUGAACUAUCGCCUUGUCUGAGAUGAAACAUUUAGAUAAUAUGCGUUUAGUUGCUUUUGAACACAUCACUCAGCUACAUACAUUCGGUAAAGAGUUCUGGCAAAGGCUGAAAGGUUGACUGGAAAUUUCAUUUGAUAGUAUGUUGUGUUGUAAUUAAACAAGAGUUGUAUUGAAUAAUCGUUUGACUCAAAAUACUGUUCUUCAUAAGAUUGAAAAAUAUAUAGACUAAGUCUUCUUCUAGAGGGCUGUAGGAGUAGUAAUUAGGAUUACAGUUAAGAAGAUGUUGAAAGCGUUUCAUCUUUUAAUGGUCAAAAUGUUUCGAUAGGAAAAUCGUUUCAUAUUGUAUGUUACGAUAUCCAAGAAAUAAAAAUAAAUAUUCCUAAAAUGUCAUUUCCAUAAAUUUUAUCUACCCCUUACCACUCAACCCCCAUUUUCUGUAUUUUGCAUAUAUUUAUAAUGUACUUGUUGCUGGAUUUUUGAAGCAAUCCGUCUACAAUAUUUUUCCGUUACAGCUUCUUUCGUUGUGGGCCUACUUUGCGAUACAUGGCUCCAUGGCUGUGUUUUGAGU